UUCAUUACGAGAAAGCUACUGCUUUUUCCUUUUUCUAAUCAAGUUUUAUCGAUGUCUCAAAGGGUUUGAUUGUUGUUCAUUAGCGCCUAACAUCACAGGAAACGAAGUUCUUCUCUGAGUUUGAAAAGAAGAUCAGCGUCCUCGAGCUCGCCAAGCGAAACAUUUACAGGUUUCGAACUGUGAUCAUUCCGUGUCAGUCAUGAACCAGUGAUCGCAUCAAUGAUUCCAUCUACCACUAUCUUUGGUUGUGGGGAGAGGGAGAAGGGGAGCCAUGGAGAGACAGAGUCGAGGAGGAUCUCUCUCUCUCUCAACCCGCAGGCGCAGUAAAUGCGUUGGGGGACGGUGCCACGGCCCACCCUCCUCCACUCUCCAUCUCUCCCUCUCUCUCUUUCCUCUGGACGCCUUUCUCCAUAAAGAGGAAUUCAACGCCCCCCAUUAAUUGCAGUUAGAUGCCAACAACACUCACCCCCAAACCCUCCCCUUCUCCCUCCGCGAGCCCCUCUUCUUUAUUCCCAUCCUUCCCCACAAUGACCCCUGAACCCAACCCACCAAUAUGUCCUCCCAUGCCGAUGGUGGUGGUGGUGGUGGUGGUGGUGGCGGAGCAGGCGGUGGCCUCUCUUCCUUCCUGCAGCAGAACUUCAGCAACCUCGGCCUGGGCUAUGCCAUCGCCAUCGCACUCGGCUUCCUCGUCCUCCUGUCCACCGUCCUCCUCGCCUCCUACAUCUGUUGCCGUGCCCGCCGCUCCUCCGUCCUCCCUUCUACCUCUAACCCAUCUGCCCACCGAGGGGUGGUCCUCCCCAGUAUCGUCUUCGUGGCCGAGGACGAUGAGGAGAGGGGCGGCGAUGGAGGCGCCGACUCCGGCGGCAUUGCGGGCCUCGAUCCCUGCGUGAUAGCGACGUACCCGAAGUUCGCCUUCUCAAAGGCGAAGGACAGGUCGUUUGGUGAUGGGGUCUGCUCCAUCUGUUUGAGUGAUUACAAGGAGGGGGAGAUGGUGAGGAUGCUGCCGGAUUGCAGGCACUUCUUCCAUGUGGGGUGCGUAGACUCGUGGCUGAGACUCAAUGCGUCGUGUCCCAUCUGCCGUACAUCGCCGCUGCCGACGCCGGUCUCCACGCCUCUGUCGGAGCUCGUGCCCCUUUCGCAUUACCCGGUGAACUCAAGGAGGUGACCUCUGGUUUUAGAUUUGGGAAAAAAUUCCCCCCUUCUUCGUUUUUUUUCUUCGUUUAAUGAAAUGGGGGUUGUGUUAGAGUUUUUGAGAAGAUUGGGGAUUUGGGGUGGGAAUCUGGGAUUUUGGUGUUUGUGUACAGGGUGGUCUUAGAGCAUGAAGUUAGACGCGCAUACCGUUGUUUGAUCUUUGGUUGGUCCAGUAAUCUUCUUGGAAUGGUAGAAAUUGUUUGGCUCUCUCUCACUUUCUCGCGCUCUUUUUCUCUCUCUCUGCGCGUCCUGUAACUGUUAUAAUGGUGGAGUGGAUGGAGAGAAGACAGUUUGAUGUGCUUUUUCUUGUCAGAAUUUGGUAUUUUGGUAUUCGUGUUGAAUAUUGAUACAGGAAGUUCGCGCUUUUUUCCUUCCUUAUGUUUAGGCCAUGUAGGGUAUGAAUGAAGAUGAACGAAUUGUUCAAAUUUCAUUGUAGUUGCUGUCGAUUCUCCCCUUGAUUAUGUUAUCUUUUGCAACCCGAGAUGGAAUGUAAAGUACUCCGGUGCCUGUUUGGCUCAUAUUAUCCACAGUGGUCAUUCUCUUUCACAGGUUUGAAUAAAACAAAAUUACUUGAUUC